AUGGUAACCGGACACAUUUUGGGAGCAGCAUUGACGAUUGUAUUUCCAGCGGUUUUAGCACACCAUGGGGAAACUGAUUUGCUAUCGAAACUUGAAGGGUUGUAUACAUUUGGGCAACCUAGGGUGGGAGAUAAACGAUUUGGUGAAUUCAUGAAAGAGGUGUUGGUAAAUCAUGGAUCGAGGUACCUUAGGUUUGUGUAUUGCAAUGAUUUGGUGCCUAGAGUGCCCUUCGAUAGUUCUGACCUUUUGUUCAAACAUUUUGGUGACUGCCAUUAUUACAAUAGCUUCUACAAGGGACAGGUGCUUGCUGAAGAACCUAACAAGAACUAUUUCUCGAUAUUGGCUUUUAUUCCCAUGUUUGCUAAUGCAUUCUGGGAGUUAUUGAGGAGCUUCAUCAUUUAUUAUCAAAAUGGACCAGAGUACAGUGAAACCUUUACUUGUCGAGGUUUGGAGAGUGAUCGGACUUCUGAUUGCUGGAUUACCGGCUCAUGGUCCGCAAGAUUAUGUGAAUCUUACUAGACUGGGUUCGCCUGAACUCUUCAAGCUCUCAUCGCAUGACAAGUCAACCAAUGGUGUAAAAUAAAUGCUACCGAUCAAUGACAAGGAGUUUCUGGUUAAAAACAUGCUAGAAAAUGCACUAAGAAUCGAUAAGAAGAAAACCAUUUGCAGAAGCA